AUGCCACCCUUCAUGCCAAACUUUGAUGAGCGGCUGCUUCAUGACAUGUACCGUGCUGUGAUGUUGGGCUACAACUUGGACAUCAGGGCCAUCAAGGUUGCCUUCGACUAUGAGCUUGAGAACUUGCGAGAGUGCAUCCUCUACGGCCAGCGAUUGCACAAGACUACCACGAAGAUCAUAGCGGAGAUCCUCACGACUCUCACUUUGACCUUUUGGAGGGCUACCAUGAAGAUCGUGGCGAUGAUCAUGACUCUCACUUUGACCUUUUGCAGGACUAUCAUGAAGAUCGUGGCGAAGAUCCUCAUGACUCUCCCUUUGACCUUUUGGAGGAUGAAGAUCGUAGCGAAGAUCCUCAUGACUCUCACUUUGACCUUUUGGAGGACGAUUGUGAGGAAGCUAGUGGCCAAUUGGACCUGUCAGUGGAGCUUCAUGGAAGCAAGGUUGGCAAAUCGGGGCCUGCUCCGGGGACUUUUGGGAUGGCAACGUGCUGCAAAUGACAUCAAGGUGUGCUUCGAGAGGAUUCUGAAUGGACCGUAUUGGGAUCGCACACGCCUGGUACACUGUUGCAUAAAUGGAUGUUGCAAUGACAGGGAGGAGGCAGAAGCCAAGGCGCUGUGGGGAAUUAUGAGGGUGCUCCUCCGAACCGUCCCUGUAACCCCUUUGCUUUCUGAUUGGGUGCGGCUUGGGCCUAAUCUCGACUUUUUCUUGGCGGCCGAAUUCCAGGGCAUCUUGAGCACCCUUCUUGAGAACGCUGAAUGGGCGAUGGAGCUACCCCAGCAAGAUGUUUCUGGAGAGACUGUGUUUAUUGAAUGGCGAAAGUUGGCUGGGAGCCGAUACCACCGCACGCGUAAAGUUUUGGCUUGCUCUGAGGAACGCUUUCAGCGUACAUUGCUUGCAAUUGCUAUUGAGCCACUGAGACACCUGCAUUCUUUGUUUCUUAAAUUUGCUCAUACGGCCCCAAACGACCAAGAGUGGCCAAACCUGCUUUCAGAGGUGUGGGCACCAGCAAGCCGCUUCAUUGCGGUGCUUCAGUAUUUCAGUACACUGGUGGCUGGGACUUGCACUCGAUUGAGGCUGAUCUGGCAAUUGGAGGGGUGCCUGACCAUGUCAGACUGGAUUGAUCAACAUCCACAGCAGGCUCGCCAGGCAAGACACCUUUUCUUGCUUCUUGCUGGAAGUGUUCACAGGAGAUAUGUAGCAACAUUGGACAAAUACCCUUUCAAGUUGUAUGCUGUGGCCGAUGCCCGACGAUGUGACCACGGGGCAAUCAUCGACAAGUUCUACAAGACAUUGCCUUGUUGCCUCCCGCCGGGAACUGCCCGAGAGCUCAGGCAAUAUGUGAGCAGCAAGGAUGAUUUCAUGCAGCUAUUGCCACAGUUUCGAUGGUUUGCACUGCUGGCAUCUUUUGUCACAAAGCUGACCAUUGCUGGGAUUGAGAGACGCCAUGCUACGCAUAAACAACAAGCCAACAAGGGAAUGCCUUUUGGAAUGUUUUCGGCUGGCAGUGUUCUUGCUGAGUGCAGGCUCCAAAGCACAGCUACGGAAAGGUUGCGGCAAGAGCAGCUAAAGCAUCUCCAGGAGGAAGGGCUCGUUGAUAAGGGAUCUGACACUGUAUCCGCUGACCGUCCUGCAAGUAGACGUCAGAAACGUGUGAAUCCUGGAGGCCGGCUUAUUCGCGCGCAAUCGGCACAGGAGCUCUUCAAGUGGGAUUGGCUCCAAUCGGAGAAGCUUCUGGGCAGAUGUUGGAAUCCAGCUUCGAAAGAGGCGCAUGCUGCAUGCAAAGAUGCUUUUGCCAGUUUGCCUCCGGAGCAGAAGAAGGCACUGGAAAAUAGAGCACAAGCUAGCAAGCUCGAAGCUGCUGUGAACAGGAAGAUUUUGGAUAGUAGGCAGUCGAAGGAUUCCAGCGUGAAGGAAUCACAUCCUUCCAAUAAUCAACCCCAUGGUACAGCUGAAGGUGAAGCUAUGCAUGCUGGUGUGGCUGCGGCAAAGACUGAUGCAAAUGCAGAUGCAUUGGAGAUCAUGAUCCGAGAGGAUGCACAAUCUCAUGACGCGCCGCCAUUCCCCGAGCAUUUUGCUUGCCAGAGUUUGCUUGUCCCACUGGAGCAGCAAGCCAGGUCUGGAGUGUCAGCCGCUGUGUCAAAGCAAAAAUACCCGAUAAAACCUGAAGACAUUUCUGCCCGGGCCAAAGUUGCAGGUGGCAUUCGUGGGGCUAUCGGCAAAUUUGCCAAGGAGGCAUCGACAAUUGCUGCCGGUGAUAUGGUCCCCGACAAGGUACUUUAUCCUGGUUGUUGCGGGGCCUUGUGCCGCAUGCAAAGCACACAACGAACUCUGAAGCUGCACAAAGGCAUCGUGGACAAUUUGCUGUUGAAGAUGUUGCUGGUGCAAGCGCAAUCAAAGUUACUUUCUUUGCCAUUGUGCAUGCGAGUGGACGCCAAGCACAUCACGUUGGUGUGUAUGUCGGAGGAUGAAUUUGCUGCAUCCAUGUGCUUUGUAGACAAUGUGCCGAUGGACAAGGUCCGCUUGGUUUUGUUAACCUGGAAAUUCCAUUGGGUUGGAGAGCCACGCCUUGACACAUAUGAAAUCACAGGGACGGGACAUGCGUUUGAGGCUCAGGCCAGCUUGAUUCCAAGAGCUCCUGGUCGUCGAGAAGCAGUUCUCGCUCUUGAUGAUAUUGGCGGUGAUGACUUGUUGGAAGAUCUUGUGACACGUCGCCGUGUGCGGCGCUCUGGCCAUGCAGGGCCUGCGCACCAUGAGCGCCAAAUGUUUGUGGAAGAAGAGUCCAACCCAAUUGACCAGCUGAUCCGGGAUGCUCAAGAUCCCCAGGAUGUGAUUGCUCAGCCUUUGCCAGAAGAGAAUUCGGACAGUGGUUCGGAGGCUGGGGGAGAGGAUGGGGGUGAGGACCAGGACAGAGAUUCACCUGCAGAAGGUUCGCCAAAUGCAAACAGUGAGAUAGCUGAGAUAGCCAUAGCCCAGGCAGCACAGCCUGCACAGCCUCCGCAGCCACAGGCGCAAGAGGCCGAGCUCAUUUACGACAAGGGUGGUUGGGAUUUCUGUGCAUUGGCAAGCGACGCUCCAGUGGAGGGGUCUGAGCGACAAGCGGAAGUUGCACGCCUCUUGGGGCAUUCUCCAACCUACGCAGAUGUGGAGAAAGACUUGAAGCAAUGGUUGGCCAAGGGUUUGGAGGUAGAUGCCCCGGGCCACUCCGAAUCCAGCUUGCAGCUGAGAUCGGUGAAGUGGCGCAUGAAGAUCCGUCAGCGCCAGGACGUGCCUGCCAUCAAAUCAGAGCCAUCGGCAUCGACCGGAAGUCGAUUGAGCACUGUGAAGUCGGAGCCAGUCUCGCCUGCUCACAGCAAGAUCUUCAACACUCCGUCUCCCAGCUCAGGCUCAGAUGAGAACAGCCUGCCUGCCCCUGACAGGCAGGAUGAAACUUCAGGUUCAGGUCCCCAUGAUGGUCAUAAAGCUCCUUCAGAGCCCGCAAAGGACACUGCUGAGGAAACUUCAGGGCCAGUUGCUGAAGACCCAGCGCUGGAAUAUGUGAAAGCCUAUGUGCCCAGGCCAAAUUGUGCAGCCUCAAACAAACCCUACUCUCAGAAGAGCGCUUCGUUUGUGAAGAACGGGGACGAGCAGUUGGCAGAAUUUAUUUUGGAAGCUUUGCGCCGUCUAGAUGAUGGGACAAAGGCUGAUAUGCUGAUGUCCGGUGUUGAAGACUUUGAGAUAGGGACCGCAUGCAGCGGUACAGAUGUCGCGGUGCUAGUGGUGAAGGCAUUUUCCCGAGCCUGGCACAAAUUUGCUGCCAAGCGCAUGCCUGAAGUUUACCACCGCUUCUCGUGUGAAUCCGAUGAGAAGAAACAACAAUUUCUUCUGAAAAUGUUCAGGGACACCGAGGAUCGAGGUGACCUGGAUGUGCUGCUCAGGAACACCAUCGAUCUGACUUGUGGGGAAGAGGAAUCCGUGCACAACAUGGUCACAAACAGCCAGCUCAACGGUGAUGCACGGUGGGUAGUUCGAGACAGUGGGCGCCGAACAGGAUCUGUGUUUGGUCAUGUUGCUCAGUAUUGCAAGAACGUGCUCAAUGACUCACGCUACAAGGGCUGUUUGAAAGGACUGCUUAUGGAAAAUGUGCUUGGAUUGCUUACUGCACCAAAGGGAGUGAAUGAAGAAACUGGACAACCGUGGCACUCCAACCUCGACUACUGCAGUUUGGCAACGCACAACGCUGGCCUCUUCAUGAUUCCAUUCAUCCUGGAUCCACGAUUGUUUGGGAUUCCCGUGUCACGACAGCGGGUUUGGAUGGUAUGCUUGCCACAAUGGAUGGCGGCUGAAGCAGGGGUCAGCGAGCAGGAGGUCGCACACAUGGCCCAUGAAUUGGUGGACAGGCUUUGCCAGCCUGAGAACGCUGAGAACAUGAGGGAUCUGAAAGAUUUCCUCCUGCCUUAUGAACACGAACUUGUUCAGGAGCAGAUUCAGCUUGCCAAAGAAGCCAGGGGAAGAGUAAAUGCACGGAGUUCGAAGGCAACCAAGAGCUUCAAGCCUUCCAAGUGGGCAGAACAGCAUCGUAAAGCUAUGGAGGCUGCCGGCCGCGAUUGGUGGGAGCCUUCCUUUCCUCAGGACGGUGUAUUCCUUGCACAUCCCGGCUUGCAUGCCCUCACAGAGAGGCAAUUUGACCUCUGUUCAGUUUUGCGAAUCAAGUUUCCGGACCAUCGUGUCGCCUGUGUGGAGCUCUCCCAAAACCUACGUGGAGGCAAGGAGAAGAUCGUCAAGAACAAUCAUGCUGACAUUGUCACGCCCAAUGGUCAACAGUUGGUGACUCACCAAGCACGGUGCCUUCUUGGGUAUGAGACUUUGCCGCUGCAAGGGAUCCACUAUGGCAAAAGCCAACAUCGAUUGGAUGACUUCGACGAUUCCCUAUUGAGAUCUUUGGGUGGGAACGCCUUCCAAGCGCACUGCUGCGCUAUCAUGUUCCUGGUCAAAGCAGCGGUGCAGAAGAGAAAGGCCAAGAUUCAGAAUCCUGGCAUGAAGCCUUCCAAGAGAUUGCGAACCAUAGAUGAUCUAUGUGAGUGGGACUAG